CUGUUGGGAGUGACAGCAGCCAGUAAAGCCGUCAAAAAGCGCGCGUUUGAUUCUUGUGUGUUGUGUUUGGAGGUGUUCAUAGUUAAUUUCCCUAUUAAAGUGCACAAAAUGAGUGGCUCAAAAGCAGAGGAUCUCAAUAAAAGCAAAAGCACAGAGCCCGCUAUUGCUCUGAAGCGGAUACGGACCAUUAUGCGAAGCACGGCCGAUACCGGGCCAAUAAACUCUGAGGGUUUAUUCGUUGUAUCCAAAGCGACUAAGCUGUUCAUAGAAUAUCUAGCGAAGGGAUCAUUUGACUUUGCGAAGUCCGGCACCCUCUCGUACGACAAUUUAGCAAAAAUGGUGAAUGAAAACGACAAGCUCGAGUUCCUGCUUCCAAUUAUUCCACAGAAAAUAACAGUGCGAGAGUACAAGGAGAUUCUAUCUAAGGAAUCAGACGGCGAUUCAUCGGAAGAGGAGGAGCAAUCAGGGGAGGAAGAAGAGGCAGCGGCGAAAUCAUCGUAGUGGAUAAGGAAAUGUGUACAAAAAGGUUAAUAAAUUUAAGGUACCUUGUA